AUGGAGGCCGACAAGGGGACCAAAAUUUUACUUGCGUACGGGUCCCAGUACGGCACCGCGUACGACUGCUGCAGAGUCGUUCUGUACGAAUUGUACCGAAGCUUCCACGUGGAUUUUUUUUGCCUGAACGACGUCAACUUGAUGAGCUUUCACAGGUACGAAAAUGUCAUCCUGAUUGUGAGCACUACAGGGUAUGGCUGCUACACAAAUGACAUGUCCAAAUUUUGGCUAGCUAUGCACAAGGCGAAUGUAAGGUUUGACGAGGGUACCUAUUUUCAUUUGUUCGGACUGGGGGACAGUGCAUAUGAUAACUAUAACGUAGUGGCCAAGAAAUUAAAAAAAAAAUUAAAAUCGCUCAAUGCAAAUAUUAUAAAUUACAAUUUAGGGAACUAUCAACACCCCUCUAUGCAUUUUUCAAACUUUACCAUUUGGAAGAGUAAUGUCUACCGAUUUUUGAUGAGCAGGUAUGCCCCCGUUGAGUUGAAUGAGGAAAUCCCUCGGUUGUACUCCGUCAGGAGAGUAUCCCAAUUAGUGGGCAAAACGGAUAGCGACGAGGAGGGGGAAAAAAGGGGGAAAUAUGACCACACCAAAUGGGGAGCGAGUCAUCAUAACCCUACUAGUGAGGCGCACCACAUGAGGGAUAUUCACCCCAGGGAGGAGAAACAAAUUGAAUGGGAUUCACCCAAACGGGAGGAGGAACAUUUGGAAGAUGGUACCCCUACCCCGUUUGGUAGCUCUCCCCAGAUGGAAGCCUUCCAACCGGAUGACCACUUUUGCACACUCUUAAAACUUUCCAAAUUUGAAAUUUUAAAAAAUGAGAGGUGCACAGAUGGGUCCCACUUCCAAGAUGUAAGGUGCAUCGACUUGGUGGCGCCACCCUCUCUCUCCUUCAACGUGAGUAGCUUGUUAAACAUUCACCCAUUUUUAAAUGAGGACAAAACGAAAGAGGCACUGAAGAUGUUAAAAAUUAAUUAUGAUGAGUAUAUAAUCGUUCAGCAGGACUACCCGGAGGGUAAACGAAGCGUUAGAGAUACCCUCCCGAUUAACAAAAGGAUAAAAGUACUUCACCUCUUUAUGUACUUCCUAGAUUUAAGCAAAAUGGUUGCCCCCUUUUUUUUCACCUACCUUAGUAAAAGAACGACUAGCGAAAUGCACAGGAGGAAGUUUCUACAGUUGGCAGAUACAAGCCAAAUUGCAGAUUAUUUCACCUACAUCUAUCAGGAUAAGCGGUCCUACUACGACAUCUUCUGCGACUUUUACAGCUACAUAGACGUGGAUGUAGCCUUUCUUGUUAACACCCUUCCGAACAUUCAGGAGAGAUCCUAUUCGAUCAUGAAUCCCAUGCAAUACUAUAACCAUGUGAAAAUAUUUUUUAACCCCUUCCAGUUGUACCUGCGUAGUGUACCCCCCUUUUUUCUCUCCCUCCUAAACUGUCUAAAGAUCCAUUUUAACAGGGAGGGGAAAGGAAGGGGAAAUAUGUUGACUCAAUACACAGAGGAGAUGCUUACAUGGCGUUCCCUAAAAUUUGCUAACUUCAUUAGGAACAAAAUAAUCAACCAGCGGUGCAACCUAAUCGAGUUAUUGGUUAGCCUUUACGAGGUUGAAAUAAACAAAAAUAAAAAGCUGGUGGGACUCUGUUCAGAUUAUUUAGUGAAGUCCAAAGAGGGGUCUUUCAUUUACGCUCAUGUUCAGGAUAGCCUCUUAUGGUUUAAUAAAAACGUCCUCAACUUAGCCUACCGAAUUGUUUAUAUUUCCACCGGCUCCUCGUUUAGUAGCUUCCUGGGGGUUAUUAGAUAUCGCCACGAUUUGCACAUGAAGAGGGGGUCUACACAUAGGGGAGGAAGCGAACAGGGGAAGGAUCGAAUCGCCUCCCCGCUUCUAAAAGAUUUUCUCUUCCUGGGACUUCGCAGCAGGCUGCACGACUUCUACUUUGAGGACUUUCUCCGAGGGGUUGCCUAUUUCAACUACAUUUUUGUGGCCUUCUCGAGGGACCCCAGCGACAGUUUUUGUUACCUUAACCGGGAGGUGGAACAGAGUUCCGCUCCUCCCGCUGUUAGCGGUGGGGGUAGCGGCGUGGUUAGCGGCGGGAUUAGCGGCUGCACUGGCGAUAACCGCUACCGCGGUUACGUCCACUACGAACACGUAAAACAACUGCUAACCGAGAAGAAAAAGAAACUCUACGUAACGGACAUCGUGCUGGCCAUGCAGGACUCCCUGUACGAGCUCCUAACGCAGCGGGACACCAUAUUCCUCGUGUCUGGAAAAUCCCGCCCCUUCGCUCAGAACCUGAUCAAGACCUUCGGGAACAUCAUCAAGCAGAAGGAGCCACACAGAACGGAAGAGCACAUUCAUUCCUUUUUAAAAAAAAAAGUGGACGAUUUUUCGAUAAUAGUAGAAUCAUGGUACUAA